AUUUGACAGUUCUGUACAUCGUGUGCGAUUUUAAGUCUAAAAGUUCAAUUAUAAAACAUAUAUAGGUCUAUAAUUACUUUUUAAAAACUAUAAAUAAAACUUUAACAUGAAAGUUCUAUGUAACAGAGCUAAGCCACCGUUAGGUGGUGUGCUUGCCGCAGAAUUUUAUAAAGCAGCCGGCAAACAAAUAGAUAUCGAGUGGGGCAAUGUAUCUUUUGUUAAGUUUGAAAUAGACUCGAGUUCAACUAAAACUAUUCAAUAUACAACUAGUAAUGAUUUAAUAAGAAUACUUGAAAGUAUUUUCAAUAAAUCAGCGGAUCCUUUGGAGAAAGUAACAUUGAACCAAUGGUUAUCCUUUGGCCUUGUGGUGGAAGACGAAAUUCCUAAAUCUCUUUUCUAUCUUAACAAGAUACUUGGUCCUCAGACUUACUUAGUUGGUGAAUCAUUAACACUGGCUGACUUGUCUAUAUUUAGUGUUCUGUAUGAAUCUAAGUCAUAUAAUAUUAUACCAGCACAUGUUCCAUUACCCAACAUAAAGCGUUGGAUGAGUCUUAUUCAAGCCCAAGCGCCUGUUGUUAAAGUUCUUAAAGAAAUGCCAGCAGAUGUUCAAGAAAACAUAGCUAUGGCAGCCUCCGGAAAGUCUCCACCAGUUAACAAAGAAACAGGAAGCAAGCAAGAGGGCAAAUUCGUGGAACUACCUCAUGCGGAAAUGGGCAAAGUUAUUGUACGCUUCCCACCCGAGGCAUCAGGGUAUCUUCACAUUGGUCACGCGAAAGCUGCUUUGCUGAAUCAAUAUUACCAGCAAGCAUUUGAAGGGAAAUUAAUUAUGAGGUUUGAUGACACAAAUCCGGCUAAGGAGAAUGCUGACUUUGAAAAGGUCAUCCUCGAAGAUGUUGCGAUGCUAGAAAUAAAGCCAGACAUUUUCACGCAUACGUCAGAGUAUUUCGAUAUGAUGUUACAAUACUGUGAAAACCUUAUCAAGGAAGGUAAAGCCUUUGUCGACGACACACCUCCUGAGCAAAUGAAAAACGAAAGAGAACAGAAAGUUGAGAGCAGAAACAGAAACAAUUCGGUUGAGGAGAAUCUGCGUCGAUGGCAGGAGAUGGUGAAGGGAACAGCAGUGGGAGUACAGAACUGCGUUCGAGCUAAGAUCGAUAUGCAAUCAACUAAUGGCUGUAUGCGUGACCCUACUAUCUACCGUUGCAAACCCGGACCGCAUCCACGAACCGGUACCAAGUACAAAGUAUACCCAACCUACGACUUCGCGUGUCCGAUUGUUGACGCAGUGGAGGGCGUAACGCAUGUGCUCAGGACGAUGGAGUAUCACGAUCGAGACCCUCAGUUCUAUUGGUUUAUAGAUGCCUUGAAGUUGAGGAAGCCAUACAUUUGGGAGUACAGUCGAUUGAGUAUGACAAACACUGUAUUGUCGAAGAGAAAACUUACUUGGUUCGUGGAACAAGGGCAUGUAGAUGGCUGGGACGACCCGCGCAUGCCGACGGUGCGCGGCGUGCUGCGGCGCGGGCUGGCCGUGGAGGCGCUGCGCCAGUUCAUCCGCGCGCAGGGCUCCAGCCGCUCCGUCGUCUUCAUGGAGUGGGACAAGAUCUGGGCCAUCAACAAGAAGGUUAUAGACCCGAUAGCUCCUCGCUACACUGCUCUAGAAAUGAAUCCAGUGCAUGUAAAUCUUAGUGGAGUUACCGCAGACAGUACUUUGACCGUAGCGUUACAUCCCAAAAACGCGGACGUUGGUAAUAAAACUGUUUGGGUGUCAAAAAGACUCCUCAUAGACCAAGUCGACGCGAAGACAUUGAAGGAAGGAGAAAAUGCUACGUUUAUUAACUUUGGAAAUAUUAUGAUUGACAAAAUUCACAAGGCACCAGACGGCACUGUAACAAGUAUAGACGCCACACCAAACCUCGAGAAUAAGGAUUAUAAGAAAACACUCAAAGUGACCUGGCUCGCUGAUACACCACAGUCUAAUAUGGUUGAGACAUACUGCGUGUAUUUCGACCAUAUCAUAUCCAAACCAUUGCUGGGCAAGGACGAAGAUUUCAAGCAGUACAUUGGACAUCAGACCAGGUGGGAGAUCCAAAUGCUGGGCGAGCCGGCAAUGGCCCAGCUGAAGGUGGGCGACGUGAUCCAGCUACAGCGCCGCGGGUUCUUCCGCGUGGACGUGGCCCCCGCGCCCCCCUCCCCGCACACCGCGCGCGCCGCGCCGCUCGUGCUGUUCCACGUGCCCGACGGACACACCAAGGAAAUGCCAGGGCAGCCAAAAUCCGUUCAAACAACACAAGUCAAACAAGUCACACCUACUGUGAACAAAAAUAACGAAGUUGCCAAAUUGAUCAGCGAUAUCGCCAAGCAGGGCGAUGUUGUCCGAUCGCUUAAAGCUGCGAAAACUGAAAAGGUGCUGAUCGAGUCAGCUGUGAAGUUAUUACUGGAUCUUAAAGCCAAGUACAAAGCGGCUACAGGUCAGGAUUGGACACCAGGCGCAGCGUCUGCAACUACACCGCCAGCUGCACCUUCAGGUGAUGAGUCUUCGUUAAACGAAGAAAUAACCAAGCAAGGGGAUCUGGUCCGUUCACUGAAAUCUGACAAGGCUGAAAAGGCCAAGAUCGGCGAAGCUGUUAAACUAUUACUGGAUCUGAAAGCCAAGUUUAAAGCUGUUACUGGCCAAGAAUGGAAACCGGGUACAAACACAGCACCUCCUGCGGGUACGAGCGCAGCACCCGCUGCGGCUGCGGCGCCCUCUCAAAACGCUGAUUCGAUCAACCAGGAGAUUAUCCAACAGGGUGACUUAGUGCGCUCACUGAAAUCAAGCAAAGCUGAAAAAGCCAAGAUUGAUGAGGCUGUGAAAAUAUUGUUAAAUUUGAAAGCUAGCUACAAGGCGGCCACGGGACAGGACUGGAAGCCCGGAGCAACACCUCCUUCGAAGUCACCUACAUCAGACGCUAGAGCAAAAGAAUCAAAUAAGGCGAAUACAGCUCAGGAUAAAAAUCCGAAGGAUCAGGCUUCGGUUUCACAAAACAGCGACGAUUGCAAAAUUGCACUUGUCUUGGCCCAGAUCGCAGCUCAGGGGGAUAAAGUGAGGAAAAUUAAAGCUGAGAAGGCUGACAAAGGAGUCAUUGAUGUUGAGGUGAAAAAUCUUUUGAAUCUGAAAGCUCAAUAUAAAGCCAUCACCGGCACCGAUUGGACACCCAAGACCGUCGCUCCAGCGCAGGAUUCCAAAAACAAAUCGGUCGAGGCGACAAUAGAAGCCGAAUCAAAGGCGAAAUGCCAAGCGGAGACCGGCGCCGCCUCAGGCGCGACCGCGCCGCCCAAGGACAACAAGCAGAAGGAGAAAAAGGAGAAGCCGAAAGAAGUUAAGAAGGAGACCAAACCUAAGGCGCAGGUAUCGAAGCCAGCUAAGGAUGAGUCGUCGACCGGCCCCAAGAAGGUCACCCGUCUGGGGUUAGAGGCAUGCAAGGAGACAGACCUACCGGAGUGGUACUCACAAGUUAUCACUAAAUCGGAAAUGAUCGACUACUACGACAUAUCCGGCUGCUACAUCCUGAGGCCGUGGUCGUACAGCAUCUGGGACGUCAUUAAAAAUUUCCUCAGCGCUCACUUCAAGAAGUUGGGCGUUAAAGACGGGUAUUUCCCGAUAUUCGUUUCAAAGGCGGCGCUGGAGCGCGAGAAGGCGCACAUCGCGGACUUCGCGCCGGAGGUGGCGUGGGUGACGCACUCGGGCUCGUCCGAGCUGGCCGAGCACAUCGCGGUGCGGCCCACCUCCGAGACCGUCAUGUACCCCGCCUACGCGCGCUGGAUCCAGAGCCACCGCGACCUGCCCUACAAGCUCAACCAGUGGAACAACGUCGUGAGAUGGGAGUUCAAGCAGCCGCAGCCGUUCCUGCGCACGCGCGAGUUCCUGUGGCAGGAGGGACACACUGCCUUCAGAGAUCAGGCCGAAGCCGCAGAGGAAGUCUUGCAGAUACUCGAUCUGUACGCGCGGGUGUACGAGGAGCUGCUAGCGAUCCCCGUCAUCAAGGGACGCAAGACCGAGAAGGAGAAGUUCGCUGGUGGCGAUUACACAACAACUGUGGAGGCGUACAUACCCGCCAGCGGCAGGGGAAUACAGGGCGCAACUAGUCACCACCUCGGACAGAACUUCUCAAAAAUGUUCGAGAUCGUCUAUGACGACCCCGAAACGCAAGAAAAGAAAUACGUGUUCCAGAACUCCUGGGGACUCACGACCAGAACCAUUGGCGUGAUGGUCCUCGUGCACGGAGACGACCGCGGGCUGGUGCUGCCGCCGCGCGUGGCCGACAUCCAGGUGGUGGUGGUGCCGUGCGGGGUCACCGCCGCCAGCUCGCCCGCCGAGCGCCGCGCGCUCACCGACGCGUGCCAGCUGCUGGUGGACGAGCUGCUGGCCGCCGGCCUGCGCGCCGAGGGCGACUACCGCGACAACUACUCGCCCGGCUGGAAGUUCAACCACUGGGAGCUCAAGGGCGUGCCCAUCCGAGUGGAGUUGGGCCCCAAGGACCUGGCGAAGGGCACGGUGGUGGCCGUGCGGCGCGUGUCGGCGGAGAAGCUGUCCAUCCCGCGAGCGGACGCGCCCGAGCGGCUGCGAGCUCUGCUCGAGCAGACGCACGACGAGAUGCUGGCCAAAGCAACAAAGGAACGCGACGAACGGUUAUCGUUUGUAACUAAAUGGGAAGACUUCACCAACGCCUUGGAGAGGAAGCAUAUGCUUCUAUCGCCAUUCUGCGGUGAAAUACCAUGCGAAGAUAACAUCAAGAAUGAUAGUGCCAGAAAUGACGAUGACCAAACAACAGAAGUUAAAGGUCCUGCUAUGGGAGCGAAGUCUCUUUGCAUUCCCUUUGAGCCACCUCGUCAACUCACACCUGAAGACAAAUGCAUUCACCCAGCAUGCCAAAAUAAACCCAAGUUCAUAACACUCUUUGGUCGAAGUUAUUAAAAUUAUUAAUUUCUA